AUGUCUACUUCACAAGCUACUGUUAAUCCAGUCGCAACAAUCGUGCAACGAUUAAUUACUAAGGGAAGAUUUUUUCAUAGUACACCAAAGGAUAAAAAUUUUUUUUUAAUAACUUACAAAAUUGUUCAAGAAAAUCCCGAUUUUUUAAAUGAUAAUGAUCCUGAUUAUAAUUUUAAUUACGAUCAUGAAUUUUUUUAUCAAUAUUAUACAACGAAUUACUUUGUCAGGUGUAAAUUAUUACCUCAUUUAAUUGUUGAAGAUUUACUGAAUAAUGAGCAAUUUGAUAUAAAUACACGGAAUAAUGAAACACCAUUAUCUCCACAACAAAAAUUAAACCUUGAAGAAAGCUUAUAUAUAAAGCUUUAUUUACCUCCUCUUAACGAAGAUGCCGUAGAUAUUCAAUUAAUGCAAGCGAGAGUUCACAAAGAUUACCCCAAAGGCUCUUCGUCUGGUCCUUCUACUACUCCACCUUUGACCAACCCUACCAAUAAACGUACCAGAGUCGCUGCUUACGACUCUGUCAUGGAUGUUGAUAAACCUCUAAUGGUUAUGAAAUAG